CCCACUCCCCUACCCCACUCCACAACACUCCAGCAUGCCCACUCCCCUACCACACUCCACUACACUCCAACAUGCCCACUCCUCUACCCCACUCCACUACACUCCAACAUGCCCACUCCCCUACCCCACUACACUCCAGCAAGCACACUCCUCUACCCCACUGCACUACACUCCAGCAUGCCCACUCCCCUACCCCACUACACUCCAACAUGCCCACUCCUCUACCCCACUCCACUACACUCCAGCAUGCCCACUCCCCUACCCCACUCCACUACACUCCAGCAUGCCCACUCCUCUACCCCACUCCUCUACCCUCCCCGUCUUAGUGCGGCUCCCGGUCACCCCGCCCUUCUCUCUCCCUCUGCCUACCUCGUCUGUCUCCUCGUGUUUCAGACCCUGUGCCACCCCCUUGAUCCCCCAUCCCCUCCCGCCGGUGCUGGCCCCUCUCUGUACCCCUGCCUACGACCCCCUUGGGGUAAUUAUAGCAGUGAGAGUCUCGGCUGGGGAGGCCCCGGGGAGAGAGACGCGCAGCUCAGCACGGAUGUCGUCGUCUCUGCAGACCACGGUGCGAACCUACUUCUUCGAGAGCCUGCAGUACCUACUCAAGACCCACUCACUAGUGAAGAUUUUCGUGCUGACCUGCGAGCGGGUGGGCAAUGACAUCACCUUCUACGCCAAGGCGCGCCGCUACUACGAGGGGAUGACCCCCACGGAGGAGAGCAUGCUGGGGGGGUACACGGAGAUCGCCGGCAUCGACAUCGACGCGUCCCGCCGCUUCCUCGCAAGAUUUGUCGGGGAUAGCGCGGGCCAGGCGCGCUCGGAACUCGCCCUCGACUGCGGCGCGGGCAUUGGCCGCAUCACCAAGCAUCUGCUGCUGCCCGAGUUCCGCUCCGUGGACAUGGUGGACAUGACCAGAAGGUUCCUCAACAUCGCCCGCAAGAGCUACCUGUGCCGCGACGAGGCCCGGCGCGUCAAUCGCUUCAUCUGUUCGCGCCUGCAGGACUUCAGACCUCCCGGCGCGGCAUACGACGUCAUCUGGAUUCAAUGGGUCAUCGGCUACCUGACCGACGAGGACCUGGUGGAGCUGCUCGUGCGAUGCCGGCGCGCGCUGCGCCAGGACGGGGUCAUCAUCGUCAAGGACAACGUGGCGCGCGAGGGGGUGGUGCUGGACGAGGUGGACGGCAGCGUGGCGCGCGAGCUGCGCGUGCUGCACGGCAUCGUGCGGCGCGCCGCGCUGCGCGUGCUCGCCGAGCAGGAGCAGCUCGACUUCCCCAGCGACAUCAUGCCCGUGUGGAUGUUCGCGCUGCAGUGAAGGAAGGGCGGCCAUGAGCGGGGGGAGAGGGGGAGGAGGGGGAGGAGGUGAGCUGAUGAGGAGGAGCGGGGGGAGAAGGAGGGAAAGGAGGAGGAUGAUGAAGGGAGUAGUUGGAACCGAGGAGAAGAUUAGAGUGAGCAGAUGAGGAAGAGGAGAAGAGUAGUAGGAGGAGGAUUGAGGACCACACGAGGAUGUGAGUGAGGAAGAGGAAGGUGAGAAGGAACAGCAGCAGGGGGAAGGGGGCGCGUGGUUGUAGAGGGACACCUGGGAGCAUUUAUGGAUGGGAGUGGUGACCCUGGGUGUGGUUGGAGGAGCCACCUGGGCGAUGAUGCAUGGGGGGGGGGGGUGUCCCCAUACCCCCCAAAACACCUCCACGCCGCCCUUCUCCUCGCCGUGCCGUUUGGGCCACGCUGAGCGACGUUGCUCUGCAGACAGGAGUGGCAGCACGCGGCGGUGAGCACUGGUGAGGAGGAGCGCCUCACUGGGUGAGUGUGGCUGUGUGUGGUGCGUGUCCCGUUUGGAAUGUUGGACAAACACACGUACACACUCGUGUACACGCAUCACACACACACACACGUGUUACACACACGCACGUGUUGUACACAUAUACAUCACGCUCGCACGUGCGGUUUAAAGUCUCAGCUUUAGGGUGGAGUAUUAAUAUUUUUCGGAGGUCAGUCCUGGACAACUCCAGCUGAAAUUAAGCCCGGCGCACAGACGCGUCCACAGAUGCACCACAAACACACGUCCACAGAUGCACCACAAACACACGCACACGUCCACAGAUGCACCACAAACACACGCACACGUCCAC